ACCUUGAUGCUGAGGGCGAUCAAAUUGGGUCGGCUAAUAUAUACCAUCCAGAAGGAGCGAGACAUGAGCAUUUUAUACAUUAGUAGGAUCGGACCGGGUACCAAGGCCUUCCUUAUCGAUGAGUAUGACCAGACAGACAAAGCUUUUGCCGACAUGUGGGACUGGCCAUUAGAAUUUACAGUUCAUGAAAAGCAGUACUUCCGUUCUAAAAGAAAACUCAUUAACCAUAUCAAUUCUCGGAGGAAUAAACUCGAUCCAAAUUCACCAGAUGUAUACGGCGAGAUAAACUUUUACAGCGAAAUUGUCGAGUUCUUUAUGGAAUGGAUGAUUGAACGGAUUCGAGAGAGCGGUUUUGGAAACAUUUGGAAAUCUCUUGUGGUUUUCCAGAAAAUAACACGUUGUAUGUUAGACACAGGAGCAGAGAGAGCAUAUGGAGCAAUGUUUUUUGCUCAAGGAAAUUUUCCCGACCAAGAUCUAUACGAUAACUACUUCCGGAGGAUAUUUCGUUUUAACUACAACUACAAAAGCGCUACUUUCUACUCAGACCUAGUGGACCCGCUCAUAGAUUCAAGAUCAGAUCAAGUUACUUACACCAAAUCAAUAAGAAUAUUGAGGGACGAGAUAAAGAAUAGCAACUUCUCUGGGAAUUACAAGUCUACAGAAAAGGCGGAAGAUUACUUCGACAAUUCAACUUUUCGGGUGGACUAUUUAUAUUCGAUUCAGGAAGCGGUUGCAUCAAGGGUAAUAGGGCGUAUUAAUACAACGGUCAAAGGUUACACAGAAAACAUCAUUAUCUACAGCGUGACGGCUGCUCUCGUUAUCAUUGCAUGUCCUUUUAUCAUGUCGUUUUCUGAAGCACUGACUAGCAACAUGCAAGAAUAUUCCAAAAUCCUUGUGAAGGCCUCAGACGAACUGAACAAGGAAAGAUCCAAAACAGAUUCCCUGUUGUAUCAAAUGCUGCCAAGACCAAUUGCCGAUCGACUCAAAAGAAAGAGUGCCGUAGAAUCCGAAUUUUUCAAAUCGUGUACUGUGAUGUUUACCAGCGUAGUGGACUUCAUUCAACUGAGUAUUGAGUAUUCGCCUAUGGAAUUAAUCGACCUACUGAACAUUCUGUACUCGUCUAUAGACAACAAGAUAGAAAUGUACGACGUGUACAAAGUGGAGACAAUCAAUGACACCUAUAUGGUUGUUUCAGGAGUGCCAGUCCGAAAUGGUUCCAGACAUGCGUCGGAAAUUGCAUACCUUGCCUUGGAUGUAGUCUCUUCAGUGAGGUACAAGACGCUGUUGUCAGUGAGCACCAAACAACCAUUGCAAUUGUUAAUUGGCAUAAGCACUGGUUCUGUAUCAGCUGGUGUUGUGGGCACAGUGAUGUUGAGAUACUGUUUGUUUGGAGAUACGGUCAAUACAGCAUCAAGAAUGAAAUCAAACGGGUUACCGGACAGGAUCCAUAUCAGCGAAUCAACUUACAGAAACCUAAACAAGACGGGAAUCUUCAUCAUGUCACCAAGAGGAAAAAUUGAAGUCAAGGGUAAAGGAGAGAUGAACACGUACUGGCUUACAGAAGCAGUCCGUGCCAGAGAUAAAGACCCCUCCAAAUAUACACUUCCUGGGGAAGUAGACGUCUUACCGGAAACUGAGGCUACAGAAUUUACAUCGAAAGCACAGGGAACCAGCAGUGACAUGCGCACGAGUACAAACCGGAAGAAGAUUUCACGAAGUGUGAAUCCGAUUAAAAUGAAGGGUGAUUCGGAAACAUCAACACAAAGGAAAAGUGUAGCCUCUGGUUUAGGGGGCGAAUGGAACUACUGAGAUUACCAUUUGACUUAAGUGUUGUUUUUAUUUCUGGUCCUUUUGUGUCAUGUUGUCCAUUUACCAAUUCAAUGUUUCUGUAAAAUAUAGUUCCACUAAAGCCUGCUCUAGGGGACGUAAGUAAUGAUAUGUUGAACUUUCAUAACAUACCUAAAAAGCCCAAUCAGACCGGGUCUGAUUUUAUAUGUUUGCGGUCUUUGUUUCAGUCAGUCUUAAAGAAAUUUUAAAAUUUUCGUCAAUGACAUUUGUCAAGAAUUUAUUAUAUAAGCGUCAUUUUGAAGAAUUUUAUAUUAUCUUUUUUUUUCAGAAACAAUAUCUAGUUGUUUUAAAUUUGUGAUAAAAACAUAAUUCAAUGGAUAUUUUUCAUUGUUAACUUCAAUAGAGCUUUGUUACCUGAUAUUAUCGAGCAAAAUAAUCUCAUACUCUCCUACAGGUAGUGAAAAAGUCUUAUAUGUCAGACAAGUGUUUGAAAAUCAGGAAAAUAUCACGAAAGCAAUGAGAAGUAACGUUAUUAAAAAGACAAUUUAUCACAAAUGUGUACUGUCUGCCAAUGAAAUCGACGUGAAAGUAUCACUAUAAGAAUUAAAAAAUAUAGAAAACACUUUUCUAAUCAUUUUCAAUUCUAUUUGUCUGGAAUCUUAAAGAAAAAAGUAAGUAUUUUUGCCAUUAAAUUUUAUUAUCAAACUUAUCAGCUGUCAUACCCCUACCUCAUAUAAUAGAAAAACUGCUUUUACUUUUCAGUGCUAUCAUAACUAAGAUUUGAAAGUAGUUAUGGUAACUGUAAAUGAUACAAAGAUAAUUUUGGUAAAACAGAGAAAACAAUGACAAAAUGUAGAAAUUCCUAUAGA